AUGCCAGGUACCCAGUGUCAUACCCAGUACCCAGUGCCAUCCCCAGUACCCAAUGUCAUACCCAGUACAGUGUUCUACCGGCACCCAGUGCCAUGUCCAGUACCCAAUGUCAUACAGUACCCAGUGUCCUACCCAGUACCCAGUGUAUACCCAGGCACCCAGUGUCAUGCCCACCCAGAGCCAUGCCCAGCACCCAGUGUCAUACCAUUACCCAGCGCCAUGCUCAGCACCCAGUGUCAUGCCCAGCACCCAGUGUCAGCACCCAGUAUCCAGUAUCAAACCCAGUACCCAGUAUCCAGAUCAUACCCAAUACCCAGGGUCAUGCCCAGUACCCAGUGGACAAUUAGCACCCAGUGUCAUGCCCAGUACCCAGUAUCCAUUGUCCUAUCCAGUAUCCAGUGUCAUGCCCAGCACCCAGUAUUAUACCCAGAACCCAGUAUCCAGUGUCCCACCCAGUACCAAGUGUCAUGCCCAACGCCCAUCACCCAGUGGCAUGCCCAGUACCCAGUGUCAUGA